AUGCCCUUCGCACUCCACCUGAGGGCCUGCCUUCCCUCUGAGAGGUGUGUGAUUCUACAAAAGAAAUUAAGCAUCAGAAAUCCAUCUAGCACGCAAGGGGUAAGGCUCCGGCCAGCCAGUGUGGUGGUCCUGCCCAACUCCCUCGCUGCAGCCUUUGAAAGAUUCUGCCAGGUCAACCUUUGUCCUCUGCCCCUGCUGGGCCGGAGUCAGCCAGAAGAGUGGAUGUUGCCUGGCCGAGGCGCUGUCCCAGACUCCAGUGCCUGGCACAGAGCCUCACUCAUGACUGUUGCUCAGGAAUGAGCCUGCCCUCCCCACCGGUCCCACUCCUUCACCCGCCCCCUGCCCCUGCCCCUGCCCCAGGUAAAAUCUUUGGGAUCGCAGAGAAAGUCCAGGCCUGGAGAAAUCCCACUGGCUCUACCAUCUGUCCACCUUGUCACCCAAGCCAGAAACCUGCCUGCACAGUAUUAAGAAGAAAAUAAAAAUACUUGAGUUACCA